CUUCGUAACAAUAAUUUCUCUGAUUCAGAGGUCAAGAUGUUAUUAAUGAUAAUGUGAAGUAUUUACAUGUUCUGAAAUAAAAAAAAAGAAAGCUAUCAAAUAAUGCAAUGAAUUUCUGGCUUCACAUUCUGACUGAGAGUAAAAAAAUGAUGACCAGUUCAUGGAAAACCUAUGCCUUUGCAUCUGUGUUAGCUUUGACGACUGUUGGUGUACUUGUUUGGAGGAAGAAGAAGAAAACAUAUGUUAAAGUUGGAAAAAUAUCAAAAUUGAUUCUUUAUCCGGUUAAAUCUUUAAAAGGUGUUGAAGUUACUCAUGGAAACUGUGCGAAGAAAGGCUUUGAAGUAAAUGGUAUUCUAGAUCGUCAGUACAUGAUUGUAACGAAGGAUCAUGUUCUACUUUCCCAAACUGAUGCCCCACGCCUGGCUCUGCUGACACCAAGCAUACAAGGAAAUUUUUUGCUGAUAUCUGGACCAGACGUCGAGAGUUUGAAAAUUCCCAUCAAGAAAUCAGUUUCAAGCAGUGAUAAAAUCAUUGAAUGCAGCGUAAUUGAUGAUGUAAUCAAGGCUAUAGACGUGGGGGAUGAAGCAGCAUCUUGGUUUCAAUCAUUUCUAAAGAUUCUUGGAGUGCGAAUGGUGCAAUUCCAUCCUGAAUUACCAGUAAGAAAGUAUACCAAGAAAGAUCAAUUUUUCGCCAAAUUGAGGAAAGAACAACCUAUUGGUUUUCAAAAUUUAUCUGCAUUACAUAUCGUAUCGACUGCAUCCCUUGAGGAUUUGAACUCAAGAGUCGACAAAAUGAAAGUUUCGGAGAAAAAUUUUCGGCCUUCUAUAUUAGUGGAGGGAUGCAAGCCUUUUGAAGAAGACUCCUGGAGACACAUUAAAUUUGGAGGAGCAGAAGUUUUAUUCUUGAUUCCUACAGGAAGGUGUUUAUCGACAACAAACGACCCUGAAACUGCAGUUUUGUCUCAAAAAGAACCCUUAGUAACUCUUAGAAAGUACAGAAUUCCAAAAGAUCCUGCACUUCAAAAGAAGACUGGAUCACGAGCAUGCUUUGGCAUUCAUUGUUCUGUUGUUAAGCCUGGAGAAGUUAAAGUUGGAGAUGACAUUUUUGCUGUGGUUGGAGAACAACCGGAUAUGAUUAAAAGAAUUUAAAAAGGAUUUAAAAAUUAAAAAUGAGAAAA